UAAUUGUAUUGUAUUCCAGCCAGCCAACAAUAUUAUUCCGAUCAUCUACAAUGACAACGGUAUCGUCCUUUUCUUCUCCACCAUGGCCAAACCCUAACCCUAACUCAGACCCUAGCACCAGCGCCAAUCCACAACCAGAAGAAGAUAAAGAUCCACCCGUUUCACUCGCCGGUGACCUUCACGCCGGUCUCUCCUCGGGGCUCACACCCAUCCGAACAAUUUCAUACAACAUUGACGGUGAACAACAUACAGACGCUGCUUCCCAGCCUCACACGGCUCCAGCCUCUGUUCCGGCUCACGGCCGAACCCUAAUCCCCAAUUUUCACAAUCCUAAUUCUUCUUCUUCUUCACCUGUUUCGCUACACCACGUUUCGUUUAAUCAAGACAACGGAUGUUUCGCGUGCGGUAUCAAUCAAGGAUUCCGGAUAUACAACUGCGAUCCGUUCCGCGAGAUCUUCCGUCGAGAUUUCGAAAACGGAGGCGGUGUAGGGAUCGUGGAGAUGCUGUUCCGGUGCAACAUACUUGCGUUGGUCGGUGGAGGUCCCCAGCCUCAGUAUCCUCUCAAUAAGGUUAUGAUUUGGGACGAUCAUCAAGGUCGGUGCAUCGGUGAGUUAUCGUUUCGGAAUGAGGUUCGUGGAGUGCGUCUAAGGCGAGACCGGAUCAUUGUGGUUUUGGAGCAGAAGAUAUUUGUGUAUAAUUUUACGGAUUUGAAGUUAUUGCAACAGAUUGAGACGUUUGGGAACCCUAAGGGACUUUGUGAGGUGUCACAAGCGUCUGGUAAUUUUGUGCUUGUCUGUCUCGGAUUGCGCAAGGGGCAAGUCAGGGUUGAGCAUUAUGCAUCCAAACGAACAAAGUUUAUUUUAGCUCAUGAUUCUAGAAUUGCAUGUUUCGGGCUGUCUCAGGAUGGAAAUAUGCUUGCCACGGCUAGCAACAAGGGGACUCUUGUUCGGAUUUUUAAUACACACGACGCUACGCUGUUGCACGAGGUAAGAAGGGGUGCGGAUAGAGCAGAAAUAUACAGCCUUUCAUUUUCUCCUACUGCAGAGUGGCUAGCAGUCUCAAGUGAUAAAGGGACCAUUCAUGUUUUCAGUGUGACCGCUGUUGAUAAUCUGGACCACAAUACCCCUGGUUCUCCUUCUAACUCCCCGCGUGCUCUCAUUAAAGGUUCUCCUUCUAGUUCCCCUCGUGCUCUCAUUAAAGGAGUUAUUCCCAAGUAUUUUACCUCUGUAUGGUCAUUGGCUCAGUUUCGCUUGGUUGAAGGUUGUCAGUAUAUUGCUGCAUUUGGUCAUCAAAAGAACACAGUGGUCAUUCUUGGCUUGGAUGGAAGCUUCUAUAGAUGCAAAUUUGACCCAAAAACAGGCGGGGAGAUGACUCAACUGGAAUAUCACAACUUCAUGAAGCCUGAUGACUCUUUCUAGAAGGGUUAUACAACUUUGUAAAUACCAAUCAAUGUAUAUACUGUAAAUGUUGUCCAACUUAUCGACCUGUGAAAAUAAAGACGAGAGGAGGUUAACCGUAUUUGAUAUAUAUUUGGAGCUAUAUAUGUAUGGUGGUAUGAAUACAAUUCAGUGGAUAAUUGUUAUGCGUUGUGUUUAUUUA